AAUGUUUACGAUCAUUAGUAAUGCAAAAUUUUUUAUCCAUACAGCACCAACUCACGACAACAGUGGUCUCAAGGUGAUUUAUAUUGCAAGGUAAAGACCCUAAAAACAGACGAGCCCUCUAUGAGCAAGUACUUGGCGACAGUGUUAAUAAAGAACUCCCUUUUAACAGAACGGGGCUCAGGGUAAUCAGAGAGAUGGGACAAAAGGGAAAUUAUAGGGGCCAAAGCAUUGAGACUAAGGGUGUGAAAAGUUUGUUUUCCCUAUAAAGCAGGCUGCAAAGAAUGUAAACAAUGCAGAAAUGCACAGUAUUUUAUAAGCAUUACUGCAAAAGCAAAGUUAAACCACUCCGACCUGCUUAUAAAUGAUUUUAGAAAAACUGAACGUGAGUGAUGGGCUGAGGACAAACGUUAAAGCUCUACCUGAACUUUAUAGCUAUGAUCCGCGGCAGAGCAACCACUGCUGGCACUCUCAUAAAAGAAACUUCACUGGACGACUGAGUGUGUUUGAUUACUGCAGACUGUAACUUAGCAGUGCACGCCCUCAGAGCACAAAAACGGAAAUCUUCCAGUGUUUCUGUUUCUUCUUUAAUGGAGCUGUCUUGCGCGUCAGCGAGAUAUAUAGAGGACAGGAGACCUCACAGCUGCAAGCUUCUGGAGCUCCAUGUGCUGUUUGUGCCAGCUGACCAGUGGAAUGUGAAGCUCAAUAAAGUCCCUGCUGAAGCCACAGAGAGCUUCAUAUCAGCCGGCUUCAUCAGGAUUUAUCCUGAUGUUACCCUGAAAACUCUGAGGAGUGAGCUGGGCGCUCUCCUUGGUGCACAGAGGAGCGUCGACAAAUUCUCCUUCCUUAAAUGUGUGGGGCGCAGUCUGGCGCUGGUCAAAGGCAAACAGGAGCAAGACCUGAAAGUGAAAGCGUUCGCCCCACCCUAUGCCACGCAGCCGGAGCUUUACUUGCUGCCCGCUGUGGAGAAUGACAGCAGCGUAUGCUCCCGGUCUCUCACCCCUGACACCAGCAGCAGCUCCCCAGACCACCAGAUCUAUUACCACGCUCCCAAAACAUGCAGCCGGGCAACAGGAACAAAGGAGCCCAUCAAAUUCCCCCAUAUCCCCCAGUAUUCCCAUCAGCCACCUCCCACACACCGGCUAGAAGAAGAGGAGGAGGAGGAGGAAGAGGAGGAGGAGGAAGAAGAGGAUGAUAGGAGCUACAACUCUUUAGAAGGAGGCGGGGAGAAGGAAGGUGAAACUCUCUCCUCCAUCAGGAGAGCAGAGCAGGACUGUUUUCGAGGGCAGAAGCAAAGGGCACCCCAGCUUGCUUUGCACAGUAAAGAUUUCCAGCAGUGUGUGGCUGAUUCAGCUCAGGUGAAGGAAUUGCCAGAGAAAGAAGAAACCUGCAGAAAGAAGAAACAGAACCAAAGAGGAAACAGAGCAGCCAGACAUUCAGGAGUAGCCGAGUCCCUGGAGGACAGAGAUUCAGGCUUGUCCCUAACAGAUGGGGUUGGGAAACCAAAAGAGGAACAUGCGCUGAAGUCCAUCAGAAACAAUCGAACAGCCGGGCUGUCAGAAAGUCUAGCUCCGUUGUCUCAGCCUGCCAGAUGCGUAUCACCACCUUCAGGUUUAGACUUGGUCACCCAUGAAACGGCUGCUUCUCCAGUCCUUCACACAAACAGGGAAGAACUAAUCAGUGAAAUCAAGCUGGUGCGGGAGGAGAGAAAGCAGCUGGAGAGGACGCGACAAGAGCUGCUGCGAAAGGGGAAAGACUUGUUAGCCCAGAACAGACACCGCAGGAACCAAGCACGUGACAGCUGGAAAAAGAAAUAUUUUGAAGCCAAGAAGGCCACAGCGCCAUUGGGCGAGAACUUGAGAAACUUGAGACAAGAACUGGAGACGUUUUACAACAAAGUCCUGCAUCAGCUGCAGGCCCGAGAUAACAGAGCAAAGCCCAGACACCAAGGAAGAUCCUCCAUAAAGAAUGAGCUCAUCAUUCAGAUCAUGACUGAGAGCCACGAGAUUGACAACCUGAAGAGGAAGGUAGAAGAUGCCAAGAUGAAGCUGGUAACGGAGAUAAAGUUGAGAAAACAGGCUGCCACUGAGCUCAGAGCCCUGAAGGCUGAGCUGGCUCAGAAGAAGAGUCAGUCAUCUCAUCCCGGCCUGAUGGGAAACCCUCCACGGCACGGAGCACAAGUCCAAAGCAGCGCCACCCAGUUCAGAAUAAACUGCACAUGAAAAACCUGUUUUCUGGUUUAACUAUUUUGGACUUGAAUGUUUCUUUCUAAUUAGUUAUGUCAUUUGAUUGGACCAAAAUAGUUUGCAUUGUUUUAUAAUGUCGAUUUAAAUU